AUUAUAUUAUAUAUGAUUAAGAUAUUCCGAAGUCUUAUAAACAAACAAUUAGGUUUUGAGCACGAUAUGGCAUAUACCUUAUGAUAUAUGCGGCCAAAACAUCGACAGCAAACAUCCACUUUCUAAUGCUGCUCAAACAUCCUUGCCGCAGCGACCCAGAAAGAAAAGUGUUAACAAGAUUUAGGACCGUCACAGUUCAGUUCCAGCAGCUCCGAUGUCAGUAGCAACCGUGAGCUUUUUGAUGAUCUGUAGCUUGGCGUAUUCGAAGCAAUUGGAGGAUUGGAAAGGUCAUCGGAUAUCGAAGAGGUUUCUUUCCCCGGUGUAUCCCAAGAACGGAAUUAUCCAGUUUGCGCUGGGGUUGGGACUUCCAGCCGACGUGAGAGGAAGGAACAUCGCCACAAACCAUGGAAUCCUGAUAAACAUCCAACUCCCGACCAACGUGUCAGAGCUGAGGCUUCCCCAACGUUCCCUCAGGUCCACUUCCCAACACAGGAGCUUCCUCCAACAGGUUGCCGACAUGUUGGAUAUAAAAUCUGAAAACAGAGAAGCUUGCCUUGGAAGAAGCCUGUGCAUCCUCUACAACAGUCGAUAUCAGACGAGUCUUUUUCGUGAUCUUUUCAAAGCACUUGUUGACUCAAUUUUCGAUGACGAGGACAACCAGAGGUUCUUCAAACGUCGGAAAAGGGAUACUCGACCCUCAAAUGAAGAUUGCGUUAACUAUAAUCAAGAAUGCGACUCAGCAUUGCUAAAAUUUUUUGAUGAGAACUUUAAAUUUUAUUGAAAUUAUGUUAUAAUAAAA